AUGACCACGUCGACAAGCACCAAUUCCACCUCGAUCCCCUUCCUCUCCUCCUCACCGCCCAACAAGUCCAAUCCCACCAUCCCCCCGCGAACCUCCAGCACAGGCACGAGUCAUAGAAAUAGCCUCGCAGCCGCAUCACCGCCGUCCGCCGCCGCCAACCAUUACCAGAGCUUCACGCAGCCCGCUCCGCUGCCAAACAUCCUCAGCCCCGUCGUGGAAACCGACCUCUUUGGCGGCAACGGGCAGCGCUCACGAACUCGCUCCCGCUCCCAGUCGCAGAGGGCGCCUGCCACCAGCCCCAUCUCCAGCUUCAUCAUGCACCACAACCACCAGCCCUCGCCGCCGCCCGACCCGCGCCGCUACGAGCACGAGGACCUCAACUUCACCCCCAAGCGCUCCUGGACCGACGACAAGGAAAAGGUCGUCCGCGCCCCCUUCGAGUACGUCGCCUCCCACCCGGGCAAAGACUUCCGCUCCCAGCUCAUCAACGCCUUCAACGCCCUCCUCCAAGUGCCCCCCCACCGCCUCGACAUCAUCACAAAGGCCGUCGGCAUGCUCCACGAGUCCUCCCUCCUCGUCGACGACGUGCAGGACUCGUCCGAGCUCCGCCGCGGCUUCCCCGUCGCCCACAACAUCUUUGGCGUGCCCCAGACCAUCAACUCGGCAAACUACAUCUACUUCGUCGCCCUCCAGGAGCUCCAGAAGCUCGGCAACCCCUCCAUCAUCUCCGUCUUCGCCGACGAGCUCGUCAGCCUGCACCGCGGCCAGGGCAUGGACCUCUUCUGGCGCGACACCCUCACCUGCCCCACCGAGGACGACUACCUCGAGAUGGUGGGCAACAAGACGGGCGGCCUGUUCCGCCUCGGCAUCAAGCUCAUGCAGGCCGAGUCCCCGUCCUCCAGCCUCGACUGCGUGCCCCUCGUCAACCUCAUCGGGCUCAUCUUCCAGAUCCGCGACGACUACAUGAACCUCUCCAGCCGCGAGUACAGCGACAACAAGGGGCUCUGCGAGGACCUGACCGAGGGCAAGUUCUCCUUCCCCGUCAUCCACAGCAUCCGCGCCAACCCGGCCAACAUGCAGCUCAUCAACAUCCUCAAGCAGAAGACGACCGACGUCCAGGUGAAGCGCUACGCCGUCUCCUACAUGGAGAGCACGGGCAGCUUCGAGUACACCAGGGACGUGAUUGGGAUACUGAUUGCGCGGGCGAGGAAGAUGGCCAGCCAGAUGGACGGCGGGGACGGAAAGGCAGAAGGCAUCCAGAAGAUUUUGGACAGGAUGGUUGUCGAGAAUAAAUAG